GUGGUCUAUUGCGCAUGCGUGCGGAACUGUACCCGGCCUGUCGCGAGGAACGAGUAUAGAGGAAAGGUGUACCGUACAAAAUUAUCUAUUGUUGGGCUUAAUUUUACACCUAGCGCUUUCAAACCCGAUCGAAAACAUGUCGGAAGACGAGAUGAUUUUUGACCCAACUAUGACCAAGAAGAAGAAGAAAAAGAAGAAGCCUUUCAUGGUUGAUGAAGACGGUGGUGAGGCAGAUGAUGGACUGCAAGUAGAGACAAAAGAGACAGAGGCUGAUGGAGUAGAGGAAAAAGAGUUUGAAAUUGAUGAGGAUGAGGGGAGGAAAAAAGAACCAUCAGACGACCUGGACGACCUGAACUUCCUUAACCAGAAGAAAAAGAAAAAGAAGUCAAAGAAAGAAAAGAUCUUUGAUGCUGAGCUCGAAGAAGGAAUGAAGGAGCUGAAUAUUGAAGUGGAGCCGUCAGAAACAUUUGAGGAAGAUGACUUCAUGCUGCCAGCUAAGAAAAAAAAAUCGAGAAAAGUUAAAGAUUUCCAGGAAGAUAUAGACAUUCUAGGCAAAGAAGAUGGUGUCGAAGACGAUGACAGUAAAAAUACAGAUGACAUCACAUUCAGCACGCAGACAGGCCCUGCCUGGGCUGGAUCAGAACGAGAUUACACAUAUGAUGAGCUUCUAAACAGAGUCUUUAACAUCAUGCGAGAGAAAAAUCCAGACAUGGUCGCUGGAGAAAAGAGGAAGUUUGUGAUGAAGCCUCCUCAGGUUGUCAGAGUCGGCACAAAAAAGACGUCUUUUGUCAACUUCACAGACAUCUGCAAACUGUUGCAUCGACAGCCAAAACAUCUUUUGGCUUUUUUGCUGGCUGAGUUAGGUACAUGUGGCUCCAUAGAUGGAAAUAAUCAGCUUGUCAUCAAAGGCAGAUUCCAGCAGAAACAGAUAGAAAAUGUCUUACGAAGAUAUAUAAAGGAGUAUGUGACAUGCCACACGUGUCGGUCUCCCGACACAAUCUUGCAGAAGGACACACGUCUGUACUUCCUGCAGUGCGAGACGUGUCAUUCUCGCUGCUCGGUCGCCAGCAUCAAGACUGGUUUCCAGGCCGUAACGGGCAAGAGAGCGCAGCUGCGUGCCAAAGCCAACUAAGGCCUCCCUCUUCAUCCUCAACCACCUUACACGGCCCAUCUGAACACCUGCGUUCCACAGUCAAACUCCACAAAUCUACAUUCACGCGGGUUCCACCGGGAUCUGUCUGCUUAUCAGGGAGUCUGACUUUUUCUAGACUACAGUAGAGUUCUGCCAUUCAGAUUUACUAAAAAAAUAUUUGGUCUGUUUAUGGAGCACCCGCAGUGCUGUGAAGUCUUUCAUGAAUUAACUGUUGGGGAAUAAUGCUGUAUUGUCUUCAGAAAAAUCAAACGAAUAAAAUGAUUACCAGCUGGGCAAACA